UGGAACUACAUCUAGCCCCAUGGGAACUUGGUAAUCUGUUUAUGCUAUAUUCUGUUUGAAGGAUCAUAUUCUUUUUCUCUGACAAAGAUAUUCUCAGAGGAUUUAUUCCAGGCAGCACUAAACUUCGAAUUUUCAAGAUGGAAUCUUUUACGGUGGCAAUGUUAGCAAAUUUGCUUCUUAUCCUGUUCGUACUGCAAGCUCGUGGAACAACUACUGAGGCUGAAACUACGGCUGCCACUACGGCUACUGAGGCUGAAACUACGGCUGCCACAACGGCUACUGAGGCUGAAACUACGGCUACUGAGGCUGACACUACGGCUACUGAAGCUGACUCUACGGCUACUGAAGCUGACACUACGGCUACUGAGGCUGACACUACGGCUACUGAGGCUGACACUACGGCUACUGAGGCUGACACUACGGCUACUGAGGAUGACACUACGGCUACUGAGACUGACACUACGGCUACUGAGGCUGACACUACGGCUACUGAGGCUGACACUACGGCUACUGAGGCUGACACUAUUCUUCAAUGUUAUUCUUGUAUGACUUACUCCAUAACGGAUGUUUGCUCUACUGCUGAUGACAUUGCAAGCGGUUCUGGAGUACUAACUUCUACAUGCUCUGAAGGACAGAGUUGCUGGACUAAACAUUAUGAGAACUCAUCAUACACGGUUGUGUCGCGUGGAUGCAUAGAUGAGCCAUGCAUUGACUUGCAUGAAGGUGGUGGACCUUACUGCACUAUGGCUAAUGGUGCUACCAAUUGCACAUCCUGUUGUACUGCAUCAAAAUGCAACGACAACAAUUCCAACUCUGAGGGUCUCACUUCUAGCUGUGUGACAUGGCUGACAUCUCUUUUCUCAGUGGUCAUCAUGCUCAUCACUUAUAGAACCUAAAUGAACUCAAAUGUCAAAAGCUGUUUCCAUAUUUCCAUUUAUUAUAAAAGGCAAAAAUAUUCCAACUCCAUUCACAAUCAUAUUGUUAAUACAUUGUUUAUUGACUUUUGUAAUUGAUGAAAGACUAAUGGUCGAACUAGGAUAUUUUGAUUGAUCAAACAGUAUUCUACACAGAUUUGUAAUAUGAAAUUUGAAAUAUGAAAUUUUUAAUCCACAUAUGGCAAGCACUUAUGUACUCAAUGAAUUCAAUUUC